AUGAAUGCCUCGCAGAAGAAGUUGGAAGCGCGGAAACCCUUUCUCUUUCGAAAGAUUUGUUUCAAGAGGAGUAUCCAUGUCUCUGGAGGGAAGUUUUUGGAUUUGAGCAAGAAGCAGAAUGAGAAGACUGAAGUCUGGGUGAAAGACACUUCGCAGAAAAGACUCUUGGUGGAGGCAUGGGGGAAAGCCUUUGGAGACCAGCUGGAGGGCAUUGGAACAGAGCGAGUGAUUUGUUUGAUGAAUUUCAGCAUCAAAGCAGAAACAGAUGGUUCAGUUUGUCUCACGGGAGAAUACGCCGGUACAUCGGCGCGUGGUUCUGCUUUCAUUGUCGUCCCAGAAGCGAGCGAAGUCUUGGAGCUCUUCAAGGAAGUGGAAGUGGAAGGCGGCGAAGCGAUUUCCUCUCCAUGGCAGCCUAGUGGUCCGACGACGAUGUCUCCAGAUGGGCCAUGUUUUACUUCGUGCAUAGCUAGUGUCCGAAAUAGUUCGUUGGCAUGGGGGGAUGAUGCGCUGCAGCCUGUAGCGAGUCAGCGGGGGAAAGCUGGUGGUGGAGUCCCCGCGCCUCCUGAAGUAUGGCUCCCGGAGGUCGUGCGUGUUUUCAUCUGUGGAGCGUGGCUCUCGGACGUGCGUGACGCGGAAAUCAUGUACAGACCCUGUACAGUUUGCAAGAAGAAGGUUCCCGAGGGUAGUGAGUGGUGUGCACAAAUGGAUUGUACUGGGAAGGCAAGUGCAGACAAGACUGUAUUCACCGCUGUGUCCAUUUCGGACUUCACGGGAUGCCUGCAGCACGUGCUGAUUCGCACGACUGAAUUUCUUCAAUUUACAGGUUUUGCGGAUUUGGCUGCAUUGGAACAAUGUCUUGUGUCUGAAGGACACAUGAGCUUACCGUUUCGUGCACGGGCUGAUAUCAUUCUGGGAUCACAGCGCGCGACGACAUAUGGAGCUACCACAGUGGCCAACUUUGAAGUCCUCAAGGUCAUGCCUGGAUUGUUAUUGCCUUGGAACACAGAUGGACGACCGGCAGGGGAAGUGAGGAGAGGUGAGAGACAGAAUCGUUUGGUAGAGAAGCGAGUUGGAACGAUGCAGGCACAGAUGGGACACAUCUUACCGAUAGCUUCUCUGCGUGACUUUGAAAAGACACCAGUGGGAUUGCGCCACAAGCCGACAAAGAGUACUCCUGAGCAGAUUACCAUGGUGAUUGCAGCGAAGGACAAACCCAAGCCGGAGAUUUUCGAUGGUGCGGUGUUAGUUCGACAUUGUGAAGUAAUUUCGCUCUGCGACCCGGACAAGCGGGUCUUCGAGACGGAGGCCAUGUGCACAUUGGCGGACAUGUUUGUCUACAACAUGGGGGAUGGCAAGCCCAGGUAUGUGGUGGGCACAGUGCGAGCUGUCUCUGACAAGAGUCUCGUACUGGUUGUGUCAAGAACCUUUGCCUUGGAGAUGGAUGCAGAGCAAGCGGCCAAGUUGCAUGCCGAUGAGAUACAGCAUGCUGGGGCCGUGCAAAUUCGCAAAGGAUCGAAGCAGAAAGCAGAAGCGUUGAUGGCCCAGACGCCCAUGAAGAAACCGUAUCUAGGACCAGCUUAG